AUGAAUAACCAUACCAUGGUGACAACAUUCAUUCUUCUAGGACUGACGGAUGAUGCAAACUGGGAAAUUGUGAUUUUUCUUUUUCUGUUUGUCUUGUACUUAUUGAGUGUCACUGCAAAUCUCAGCAUUAUUCUGCUCACCCUGCUGGAUUCCCACCUCAAAACACCCAUGUAUUUCUUCCUUCGAAAUUUUUCCUUCUUAGAAGUCUCAUGGACUUCUGUCUGCAUCCCAAGAUACCUGGUCAGCAUAGCGACUAUGGAUAAAACCAUCUCCUAUGAUGCUUGUGCUGCACAAUUAUUUUUUGUUAUUUUCUUGAGUGUAGCUGAGUUUUUCCUGUUGGCUGCCAUGUCCUAUGACCGCUAUGUGGCCAUCUGCAAGCCCCUUCAUUAUGCUACAAUUAUGAGCAGCAGAGUUUGCAACCAGCUGGUUGUCGCCUCUUGAUCAGCUGGUUUGUUAACCAUCUCUCCUGGACUUCUCAUGAUCCUGGGAUUGGAAUUCUGUGAUGCCAAUGUCAUUGACCAUUUUGUCUGUGACUAUUCUCCUGUCCUAAAACUCUCCUGCACAGACACAACAGUCAUAGAAUUGUUUAGUUUUAUUUUCGCCAUCUUCACACUCCUGGUUACACUGACACUGGUAAUGUUCUCUUAUGCAAAUAUCAUCAGAACAAUUCUGAAGAUCCCUUCUGCCCAGCAGAGGAAGAAGGCUUUUUCUGCCUGUUCCUCCCACAUGAUUGUUGUCUCCAUCUCUUAUGGCAGCUGUAUUUUUAUGUAUAUUAAACCUUCUGCAGAGGAGAGGGUAGCUUUAAACAAGGGGGUAGCAGUACUCACCACUUCAAUUGCUCCUGUAUUAAAUCCUUUUAUUUAUACCCUGAGAAAUAAGCAAGUGAAACAAGCUCUGAUAGAUACAGUAAAAAGAUGUAUCUCUACCACUUUGAGAAAAUAG